AUGGAGGGAAUUGAGGUGCCAUGGCGAAUUUUUAUUCGAAAUGAUUUCAGAAAGGAAGAAAACAGAAUCAUUCGCAAGAAGAAGGAAGACGAACAAGAGCUGAAAAUCAAACAGGCUCCAAAAAUUUCAUCAGCCAUGUUCCUGAAGUUUAAUAAUCAGCUUGGUCCUCCAUUUCACGUACUCGUUGAUACGAACUUUGUUAAUUUUGCAGUAAAAAAUAGGCUGGACGUAAUUCAAGGAUUUCGGGAUUGCCUCUAUUCGUUCGACUUAAUCUAUUAUACCUUACUGUAUAUCAAAUCGUCGAUUCCUUAUAUAACGGAUUGUGUCAUGGGCGAACUGGAAAAGGCAGGUCGUCGAUUCAAAAUUGCCCUAAAGGUUAUAAAGGAUAAUCGAUUCCAACGUUUAAAGUGCGACCACAAGGGCAUUUACGCUGAUGACUGCCUAGUGCAACGGGUCACCCAGCACAAAUGUUACAUCGUCGCAACAUGUGAUCGUGAUCUCAAACGAAGAAUACGAAAAAUUCCUGGCGUCCCAAUUAUGUACAUCCUUGGUCAUCGGUUUUCAAUUGAACGAAUGCCAGACGCUUAUGGUGCACCACAGAACUAA